UAGACCGUGCAGCAGCGCUGCAGUGUAAUCGGAAGUUCUAAAAUAUAAAAGUAGUGUUUGGAAGUAAUAUAUUUUCGAAGUUUCGUUAUUAAAGUAACUAUUUCGCCAAAGUAAACAAAAACAUUAUACUUUGUUUAAACCAAAAUUAUUUAUUUAAUGAAAAAACAUCAAUUACUUAUUUAUUAAUGUGCGACGGUGUUCGUUGAUUCGCAAGUUGUUUGUCACGCAUUGGCCCGGACAUGCUAUUUAAGACCUUAAGCAGUUCACAUAAGUAUCAAUUUGCCUAAUUUAGUAAAAAGAUUUCGCCAAAGAACAGUUGCAAUAUAGACCAUUCCGCGCUAACGAAAGACAAGGAUUAGCGACAUUGCAGAUAAGUCACAGUGGUAACAUUACAACUAUUUCUCUCAGAGGGCGUGUCAACGAUAACUGUUGUAAUAUUUAUCAGAAAUGGCUUCUCGUGCAAAUAUUAAGCUUUGCUCCCCGAUACGUCACCGCUCACCAUCCGAGGGUGUCACGCGCAGGAAGAAGAAUCAACCCGAUGUGGAUAGUGCGUCUUCGGAUUGCACAGACAUAACAAAAGAAAUAAAACUACUUCGUCAAGCCUUGUCUGGUCUGAACUCAAACCUAACCGAAGCCAUUCAAUCUAUUCAAGAAUGCUCGAAGAGACUAGAUGAUGUUACCACUAAAAUCGAACUAACAGAGAAACGACUGAGUGACUUAGAAAAUCGACAGACCAAAGAGAAUAUAGAACUGAAGUCACAGGUCGCCAUGCUCAUGGACAAAGUGAACACCCAAGAGCAACUACUGCUCAAAAAUGAGAUAGAAAUUGCUGGUGUGCCGGAAAGUAGAAAUGAAAGCUUAAGACAUAUUGUCAAACUAGUUGGUAAUAAAAUAGGCGUUGACGUGACUGAUGAAGAUCUCGACUUAACAAUGAGAGCUGGCCCUAGAAACUCAACAAAACCCAAUAUCUCACGAUCAAUUGUUGUGCGAUUCUUGCGUAAACAAAAAAAAGACGAUUUCUUAUCAGCUGCUAAAAUACGCAAGAAUAUUACUUCAAAGGAUAUUACACCAGAUGUAUCGGAGCACAAAAUUUAUAUUAAUGAAAGACUAACCAAACAGAAUCGCUAUUUAUUUCGGGAGACUAGAUUUCGUACCAAACAAUCAAACUUCAAGUACUGCUGGGCGAAAAAUGGUCUUAUCUAUGUUCGUGAGAAAGAAGGAAAGGCUGCCACACUCAUCCGUACAAUUGCCGAUUUGGAUAAUAUGUUCGGCCCAGGAGACACAAACUCUGAAAGCAAAUAAAACUAACGAACACUGUAGGGCUUACAUUUGUGUUCUCAAUUAUUCUCCUAACUAUAUUCUUAUAGUUUUGUUUUAUUUUACUGAAUUCAAAAACUUUGUUACACAGUUUAUCCUUAGUAAUAGUUUGUGCCAUGUCAUCAUAC